AUGGCGUCGCGCGCCCUAUCCCUGCGGCUGGUGCUAUCCCUGCUGCUCAGCUUCUAUCUGAACCUAGCACAUGCCGUCUCCAGCCAAGAGCCCUUGAAGCCCCUGGAAGCGCGCGGAUAUGCAAUCGGGGAGGCAGUUCCAGUCUCUUGCCUGAACAGAACCAUCGACACCGGCGAACACAUUACAGAUGCGUCGGGUCAACUCCAGUACAUCCCUUUCCCGGUCUGCAACGAGACGGGCAAGCCUCUGGAGCUUUAUUUUGGCGUCGAGAAAGAAAUGAACUGCACCAUCGACUUCAUCUCCGACCCUCUAUUCCACCUGCUCGAGUUCUACGUUCACAACGACGCGCCGCUCACCUGCCGCAUCCCCGCCCGCCCUCUCCCUUCCUCUUCUUCCCCGGACAACGACGACAAAGGUGGCGAGUACAGCGUGGACGACUUGACGGAGCGGAGCGGAGCGCUGGGCGGGCAGAGCGCGCUAUACACGCCGCUCAUCGUCGCUCUGACGGGCACGCUGCAGCUGUCGCACCUGCACAUCUCCAACCACCUCAACGUGCUCGUACACGCCGCGCCCAAGGCCAUCGCGCCCGGCACCAUCGACGCCGCCGCCGCGUACAGCGUCUCGCACGCGUCUAAGAACACUAAGAUCGUCAUCGGCGACACUUUGAGCCUCAAGCUCAGCGUCAGGUGGUACCCUAGCCCCACCCUGCCGAGCGGCUGGGCUGGCGUGGGCGGACAUGUGUACAUGAGCACCGUGGUAUAUUGCAUGCUGAGCGCCGGAGCGGCGACGGCGGUGUGUUUUGCGUGGUUCAGGGGGGUUGAGCUGCCGAGGAGGUUGAAGAGGUAUGGGAAGGAUAGGGCAAUUGGAGUCGAGAGCCAAAGAGGCUACAACGGUUAUGGACUGGGCGGAGGGUAUGGCUAUGCGGGUGGAAAGAGGGAUUGA